AUGCCGCCUCUUCCUCCCUCACACCGUGGAGAACGCAACGUUCAUGAGGAUCUCAUGAUUGAUCUCAGCCGCGAGAUGGAAAAGAAUGUAUACCACCAUACCAAGAACCCCAAUGGAAUCAUAGACCUGGGCUCGGCCGUCAAUUGUAUCAUGCAAGAUGUGUUGGGACCUUGGGUCCAGCGUCGCUUGAGCAAGAAACAGAUCAAGGAAUGCAAAGCUCUCGACUACAACGACACUCAAGGAAGCCCAGAGCUUCUGCAGGCCGCUGCCAGUUUCGUAAACCUCUUCUUUCGAUGCCGGCGCCCUCUGGCCCCAUCCAAUGUGCUAGCCGCCAACGGGUGCACCAGCUUGCUCGACUCCCUCGCAUUCAGCAUCGCGGAUGAAGGGGAUGCCAUCCUUGUGCCGACUCCGAGCUACGGCAUGUUUGCCCAUGACAUCACAGCCAGGAAUGGAGUUCGCCUUGUUCAUGUUCCGUGCGAUGACAUUCCCCAAGAUCGGUUCACGGCAGAGGCACCUCUCGACGACUCAAGCUGGAGCUCCCUUAUUGCGCACCGCCUAGAAAGUUGCAUAAUCCAGGAGCGCGCUCAAGGAUCUAAAGUGGCAGCCGUUCUUCUCGCCAACCCCGAAAACCCUCUAGGCCGUUGCUACAGCCCCGAUGUCCUUUUGCAAGUAUCCCAAGUCUGCGAGCUGCAUCAGGUGCAUCUGAUCGUCGAUGAGAUAUAUGCCUUUACUGGGGGCAGUGACUUUACCAGCAUACUGGCUCUAGACACCGCCAUGAACCGUGAGAACAUCCACGUCUUGUGGGGGAUGAGCAAGGAUUUCGGCCUCGGCGGUCUGAGGCUGGGAUUCCUUUUCACAUACAACAAACGACUAUACGAUUCCAUGAGAACCCUGAGCAUGUUCGGUUGGGUUUCCGCCUUCAGCGCCAAGGUCAGCACCGAGAUCUUGUCCGAUCACGGCUAUCUUUCACGGCAGUUCUUUCCGUUGCUUCAACAGAGGUUAGUCGACAGGAGGAGGAACGUCAUGAGCCGCCUUGCAAAACUCGGAGUACCUUUUAUUACCCCACAAGCCGGAUUCUUCAUCUUCAUAAACCUGUCAAGGUGGAUGAAGUUUUUGUCUAUCGACGAUGCAAAGGAAGACUUGGAAUCGAAGCUACUCCGUCACUUGAUGGCUCAUCAGGUUUUCUUGGAACCUGGGCAGGCGUUUUUCUCUUGCUCUCGUGGCUGGUUUCGUUUAAACUACGGUGCUGAGGAGACCGUUCUUGAACUUGGGCUUCGUCGGCUCGAGCAUGCGUUGGGGGUUUUGGAGGACGACGGGUUGACUUUAUGUGAAUCAGUGGCCGAUAAACCAGGUGGGAAGGAGGAGAAUAACAAGAGUCAUAUGAAGAACUGGGUCAUGUCGUCUUUCUUUUAUAGCACGUAA